ACUUGAAGCCAUUCAUCGAUGUUCUUCACGGCCGUCUGUCUUUCGAAAGCUUCGCGGCGAGCUUUGACGCCAAAGCGGGGGAACAAGGACUUCUAUAAAGGAACUAGGCAAGCCUUUCUCCCUGGUGGACACCGCACAGGUGCUCCAGGAAAACAUGUCAUCCGAGGCACGUCGAAGUACCGUUUACUGGAUGAGAAAGUGAGGGUAUUCGUCGCGCCAAGCAUAGAGGAGAUCAAGAAAAGCGAGCUGAAGCCAUACGUCGGGAAGGACGUGAAACUAACAAUGAUACAGAAGAAGGAGCUGUGGAAUAUCAUGCCAAAGUCACCAACGCUGUCGCAGUCCGCUCCAUCAAGCUGAACGAACGACUUUUUAUUAUAGUGUCCGACUCUAUUGUACUACAUCAUAGAACAUAAUGUCAUGCAUACCUCCUAUUGUAGCAGGAGUGGGGAGGGAGAGUGCGGGCAGCGGUCUUCGUACCAUACCAAUUAUUGCACCCUCCAGGCUCUGGUAUGGUAUGGCCGGAUUGUCUUUCAGCGUAAUCUGGUUCAUCAAGUACAUCCAAGCCGACCUUCUCAAGCCUAAUGACCAGUGUCUAGAUCUCCGCCUGGAUUGAACGGAUCGAGUAUCGAUUUUUGUCCACAUUUUUUGGCAAAUAACAAAACUU